AUGGAGGCUGCACACCAAGCGGCGCGGCUGGCCGCCUCCUGCCUCCGCACUCCGCUCGACCCGCGCACCCGGGCCCCCGCCGCGCUCUACGAGCGGGGGCCGCCGCCCGCCGCCAACCAGGACAGUUUUGAUUUGGAUACAAAUACCAACAACAAGAAGACCUGCUCUCUAAAUGGAGACUCUGACAAGUGGAUAGACUUGUCCAGAAUGUACAAUUCAAAUCAAGAGUAUUACUUGAAGCUAGAAGAGCUGAAGAAUGCUCACCUGGAGACCAUGGCAAAAUUAGAAAGUAUGUAUCAGAAUAAACUGUAUUUACAAGGAGUACAACCUUUGGACAAGAAAAGUGCUGAUCCUAAUGCACGUUGUAGGUAAGUUUGGUGUAGGCCAACUUGGGAGAAGAGCUCCUAUCAGUCUCUAAAUUUGCCCAGGUCCUUUUCAGACUCUGACUUAAGUGAUCCCUUAAGAUCAAGUCUAUCUGAUGGGUCUGACAGAGAAUUAGCAUUUGAAAAAAGCACUAAUGAAACUGGAUCAUCUGCAUUUGCUAAGGAAAGGAUUGAAAAAAUGUGGGAUGGGUUCUCCGUGGAAGACUACAUCUCCCGCAUCAAACACAGCUUACCAAGCUCACCCGUUGUCAGAAUGAUAUGUAAGAAACAGAAAGCAUGGUUACCAAAGGUUACUGUGCCCAAACCUUUCCAAAUGACUAUCAGAGAAGCAAGAAAAAAAGAACAGAACAUCAAAUCAAAGUCACAGAUUGAAAUGGAAAAUAACUUAUUGAAGAAGCAAUUAGAGGAAGAAGCAGAGUGUCAGAAAAAAUUCCGAGCUAAUCCAGUGCCUGCUGCUGUUUUCCUUCCACUCUACCAUGAAAUUGUGCAACAAAACGAAGAACGCAGGAGGUCUGUGAAAGAGAGAAGCAAACUCAAGCUCUUGGCUUCUCAGAAGCCAUUUAAAUUCAUUGAACGAGAGAAGCAAAGAAAUGAAAUUAGGAAAAUGCAAUUAAGAGACCUUUCUGCACCUGAAAAGAAAAAACUGUUCAGAGCAAAACCAGUUCCUAAAUAUGUUUAUAGUGCAUCUGUUAAGGACAAGCUAGAGGAGGAAGAGCUCCUCAGAGAAAUAAGGAUCAGAAUGAGAGCUGAAGAGUUGCUACUUAAUUCAUCUCUACCCAACAGCAGACUGGCUUUAACAAAUACCAAUAAAAAGAAAAAACAUAAGUGCAUUGACCCAAAGGAAACAGAAUGUAAACCCAAGACCAAAUCAAGUGUUCCAGAUUUUGAUCUACUACACCAAAAAUUUCAGGAACAGCUCCUGCAACGAAAACAAGUAAAGCACCUUACAGUCUGUGAACCUUUUGAUCUUCGUACUCCAUAUAUUCCCUCAAAUAAGGGGAAAAUUUUGAAGGACAUUCAAGAGGAUGAAGAAAAGUUGAAAGAAACACGCUGGCCAUAUACCUCUCCAAGAUGUAAAACUCAGAUGAGACAUUCAAGUACAAAUUCACAUCUCUCAGGCUUUGGAAACUUUAAACCACCCAAAAGCACAGAAUCCACAAGACGACGUCUGCAAGCCAUAAGGAAUUCACUUGAGGAAAAGAGAAAGCUGGAAGAACACCAAAAAAGGACCAGAACAAAGCAGAAACAAAGGACAAAAAAAUUCCAGAAAAUUGUAACAGCUCGGGCUGAGGCAAAUGACCCACAUCAGAGUCUAGCUCAGAUGUCUAAAUCAAAAUUAAAAACAUUCAGGAAUUACGAGAAGCAGAGAAUGCAAGAAUAUUUGCAAGAGUUGCAAGAAAUGGAAGAAAGAGUAAAACAAAGGCCAUUGCUUUUUGAAAGAGUCGCUCAGAAAAAUGCCAGAAUAGCUGCAGAAAAGCAUUAUUCUGACAGACUGAGAACCCUGGGGAAAUGUCCAGAGUUUGUUCCAAGGAAAGGACAAAGAACUAAAUUGCUACAACUCUCCAGUCUUGAAGAUCUUAAUUCCACUGAUGCCAGAGAAAGAGUCAUCAUGGAUCAAGUGGAGGAAAGGGAAUACUUUGACGAAGCAGCUGACAGCAGUCCUUGGUCUGAGCAGUCCUGUGAGGAGGAGAAGGAAGAGGAGGAGGAGGGAGAAAAGAAAAAAGGUGCUAAAACCUCCUCCCCUGAUGGACAGUCCACUGAGUUGGAGGAGGAGGAAGAGGCAAGAGAUGGCUUACAUAUAGAUCAGCCUUGCCAUGCUGGGAAGGCUGAGUCCAGCUGCAACUCUCACCAGCACCAUGAAGAGGAAGAGGAGAAUGAGGAGGAGGAGGAAGCAAAGGCAGGCCUGUUACUUAGCCAUUCCCAGGAUGAGGAAGAGGACAAUGAUUGGUCAAGACCAAGAUCUGAGUCCACCCAGUCCCAUGAACAUGAAGAGGAAGGUCAGUCUGACCCUGAGGCUGAGGAUGCCUUCAGAUAUGAGGAUGAAGAAUAUGAAAGUGAUGAUUCAGAAGAGAAAUCCAGCAGUGAUGAAUCUGACUGAA